AUGGCAUGUAGGAGCGGUUGCUGCUGCGGCUCCGGUCCAAUAAACGAGGAUAACGCGAGGUUCCUGCUGCUGGCAUUGUUCAUCAUCCUCUAUCUCCUCUGUGGGGCCGCUGUCUUCUCAGCGCUGGAGCAGCCAAAGGAGCGAGAGGCGAAGGAGCGCUGGGUGCAGAGGUUCGAGCAUUUCAGCCAGAAGUACAAUCUGAGUAAGAAAGACCUGAAUAACUUCCUCAGGAACUACGAGGAGGCGAACGUAGCGGGUAUCCGUGUGGACACUAUCAGACCUCGAUGGGACUUCCCCGGCGCUUUUUACUUCGUGGGAACUGUGGUAUCAACCAUUGGGUUUGGGAUGACCACUCCUGCCACCAUUGGAGGAAAGGUCUUCCUGAUGUUCUACGGGCUGCUCGGCUGCGCAGCAACCAUCCUCUUCUUCAACCUUUUCCUGGAGCGUGUCAUCACCGUGAUUGCCGUCGUCCUCAAGUCUUGUCAUGAACGACGCCAUAACAAAGCAGCGCUCCCACAAAAUGGCAGGCGAGUCUCUAAGGGAAACCAAGCAGGUGGCGCUGGGGCAAGUGGAGGAGGAAAAGGACAGGAUCUGGCUGGCUGGAAGCCUUCGGUCUACUGUGUCAUGCUCAUUCUAGGGGCGGCAGCCAUCUUGGUCUCCUGCUGCGCUUCGCUCAUGUACUCGGCGGCCGAAGGCUGGGACUACCUGGACUCGCUAUACUUCUGCUUUGUGGCCUUCAGCACUAUCGGUUUUGGAGACAUGGUGAGCAGCCAGCGGGUCAUCUACGAGGGCCACGCCACGGCCGCAUAUCGGCUGGGCAAUUUCUUCUUCAUCCUGACCGGCGUCUGCUGCAUCUACUCCCUCUUCAACGUCAUCUCCAUCGUCAUCAAGCAGGUCCUCAACUGGCUGCUGAGGAGGCUGGAGGGCCCCUGCCGCUGCUGUUUCCCCAGGAGGGGUCGCCACCCACACAGACACCCACGACGGAACGUAGUGGCCCCGGGUCACCUGCGUGCCCGCAGAGACCCCUCCAUCGAGACAGACGCCAUAAAUGAAAGUGAGACUGACACUGGGCGCAGGAUGUCGGGGGAGAUGAUCUCCAUGAGGGACUUUCUAGCAGCCAACAAGGUGAAUCUGGCUAUUAUGCAGAAGCAGCUUUCAGAGAUGGCCAUAGGGCACCCGCGCCAAUCCAGCUCCAAUUCACGUCAGAAUGGAUUCUCAGGAGGGGUUGGCGCCCUUGGCAUCAUGAACAACCGACUGGCAGAGACUAGUGUGGAUAGAUAGGGGAAACAGCAUGAAUCCUUUUCAAAGGAUACAAAAGACUGAGAGGGCGAGUUGAGAAAGGACAGACUGACACUGAGGACUGCCUUCCUGAAAAACUGAAAAAGAUUUGGGUGGUGUCCAACACUGAAUUCAUGACAACGUAAUACAUCCUUUCCAUCAACAAGCAAGCUGACCCCCCCAGCAGCUACAAUCAAACCCUGUCAGCCCACUAUCCUGUCAAGAACAUGGCUACAUGAAUGAUGCAUGAUAGUUUGCUGGAGUCUCACAUCUGGAUCGGGCUCAGUGUGCAGGCAUGUGCCCCCUGUAAGGUAUUCAGUUUCCAUGGUGAUAAAAAAAAGCCUGCUUAGAGCCUUUGUAUCCAAGCCUUAAAGACCUGACGGACUACAUGCUACUUCCACUCAUCUGCAGUACAUAGUAAUUCUCACUAUGACCCACGUCCAUACUGUAUCUAUCACUGUAAAGGACAUUAAUGAGAAAAAAAUAGCUUUAAUAAAAAUGGGUGUCUCUUGGUUUGUGUCUAACAGUAGUUAUUACAU